AUGCCGAGCUAUAUAAGCGAAAGCCUUGGCGCCGCCGCAGAAUAAAUCCCGUGCGUGUAACUUCAAACUUCUGUGUUCUUGGUGUUUUUCAUUCCUCCAACUAUUACGGAUUGACAGGAAAAUGUAUCGAGUGUGUCUUUUAAUGUGGGUAGCCUCUACGGCAGCCCAGAAUCCCUACUCCGUUGAUACAAGAUCAGUUUCUUUUCCUGGAAAACAAAAUAACUAUGGACCUCUUUAUUCUGCUGGCCUUGGAUCCACUGCUGGUUACAGAGAUGAUAGUUACGAAGAAAAUGUUGUUACACCUACUCCAGCACCAACUCCUCUUUAUAGACAAGCUCAACAACCGAUUUAUCGUAAACCCGAAGGAGCAAUAAGAGUAGUUUCCGGACCACGUGGUCCAGUUCGUGGCCCCAACGGCCCAGUUGAAGCAGAAGAACCUUUGGAAGAAGAAAAGGAAGAACCUGAUCGUCUCAGCUUGCUUUUGCCUCAAAGCAAAUUCGAUUGCGUUGGAAAACCAACUGGUUAUUAUGCUGAUGAGGAUCUUAAUUGUGAAGUCUUCCACUAUUGUCAAGACAACGCAAAACAUUCAUGGAUCUGCCCUGAAGGUUUUACUUUCCAUCAGGUUCACUUGAUCUGUAUGCCACCAAGUGGAGAUAUUAGCUGCAAGAAGAGUUCUCAAUACCAUUUCGUCAAUGAAUACCUUUAUAAACCAUUGAACUUACAAGAAGCAGAAAGCAAACCUAAUGUCACACUGAGAUACAGUGAAAGAUAUUUCCCUGGUGAAAUUUUCACUGAUGAACGUGAAGAGCCAAGCAACCCAAGUCGACGAUACAACAAUCAACCGUCACCAUACUUGAGCCAACAACAAACCACAAUCAAUAGUAUUCCAGCAACUGCACGUCCUUCUGGUAUUCCUCAAUACCGUUUGCCAGUAAAUCAAGUUUUUCGUAGUCCUGAAGAAGUAAAUAUUCCUCUUCAACAAAGAAGACCUCUUCCACAACCUGUCCUUAGAAGGUACCCCCAAGUUCAAGAAGAAGAUUAUGAAUAGAUAUUCAAAGUAAUUUGAUUAUCAUAUUGAAAGAUGAAAAUUGAAAUUGAUAAUGAGAAUGAAGGUAGAUUUAUUUGUUGUUUCUUUUACCGCCAUUUUAUACAACUAUAAGAGUUGAAGAAAGUGGAAGAAAAAGAUUAAUAGAUUGUAAAUAAUUAUUCAUUAGAAGUAUUGAGUGAUGAUUUAAGUUUUGAAAUAACAAAAUAUUUUGUUAUUAUUUUUUAAUUCUUGAGAGUUUUGUUAACAAACUUUUUUGAUUUUUUUUAAUAAAAUCCAUGACCUAAGUAUGAUGUAUUAAAUACUAAUUAUAUUUUUUUUAUAUUCGUUUUUCAAAUUUAUGUAUGUUAUUCGCCUAUAGAUUCCUUGUCAAUAUAUUAUUUA